AUGUUUGAGGCGGAAACCUCGUCGAAAGCCGGAAAUUCGCCGAAGGAAGCCGGUAAGCAUAUAGUAAUACCAGUGAGCGAAAAUUAUUUCGGACCAUUAAAACCUGUGGUGAUAGUUGUACGGCUUUUAUGGUCUAAGAAUAUAUGUAAGGUGGUUGCCGAAAGUGCGCUGUUCAGGGACCGAGUCGAAAUAGAAUGCCCGUAUUUGCCUGGUGACAAAUUCAUGAAAUUUAAAGGUGAAAGUGCUCCGCAAAACACAGCCGUUGCUGGUUCCAGCGAGCGUACGCAAAUUGGAUCGAAAACUAGAAUUAUUUUGCAAAAACCGCGCUAUAAUAAUUCCCGGGAUUCUGUAGAAAAUGCUGCGCAAAAACAACCUAAUACGUUCAAAAAAUCUGUGAAUAUCGAAGCAGAAAACAGAAGCGCUGUGCGAGAACGGUUCCUCCUUGAUCCUUCAGUCUCUGCGAAAGACGGAACAGAAACUGAAAAUACUGUGCAUGGACAACCUUCUAACGAUCACGUGGAGUCUGGAAAAAUGGGAACGGAAACUGAAGUUGCUUUGCAGGAACAACCUCGUGCAAAUUCUGUAAAAAACAGAGUUGCUCCGAUUAUGGGGAACGAAAAAACUAAAAAAAAGGGACAUUCAGUAGGAUGGAAGAGACUUGCUGAAAUUUGCGUUCAGGAAAAUGAUGGUAACAGUUGUCUUGUCGAAAACAUGAAAACUGGUAAACAGUUGUCAUUGCAUGAAAAUUCGGAAGUGAAUCAGUCGGAUGUUCAGAAAAUCAGCCAUUAUGGUCAUGUUGACGAUCUCUCUCAAGUUAUCACCUCGUCAGCAACAGAAAAAAAAAGUCGGGAAGGAAAUGAGGUAUCGGCAGUUAUAUUUUGUGAUGCGAACAACGGUGAAACAGCAGUCGGCAGUAGUGUUACUAGUCACCAAAAAGAUCAACACGUGGAUUUAACAAAUGAGACGAACUCGUUUUUACGAAAUUCUUCCUCUGUUGAACGGGAAAUUGAUCAGCUGUUUGGAGAUUCAGGGGGUGAGCAUUCUGAUGAUUCGCAUCGCGGUGAUGCAUCCAUGAAAUGCUCAAAUGAUGGAGAUUCACAGGCAGUUCGAGGUGCCGCUUUGGCAUCGAGCUCGGAGAAAGGAAAAAAUUUUGAGGAGAAACAAACAGAAUCAGAUUCAGAUUUUAUGAGUGGAGAAUCGUCCUCCAUGAAACCCACUGAUGAUCGUCGCAUGGCUAGGCAGAAUAAUCUGGAAACAGUUUUGGCCACGGAUAAGAAAAUGAGGAAAGAACAAAAGCGAAAGGUGGCGACGGGCAGUUUUGAUGAAUUCAUUAGUGGCGUUAGCUCGAAAAGCCCAGCACUGCGAAAAGAGCGGAUUGAAGUCCCAGCUGCUGAUUCAUCAAAACGUGAAACAGAGAGGUUGGGAACUGCAUCUGUUCCAAGGAACAGCCCACUCCGUGGAGCUUCUGAGGAUAUAAAAAAACGGGGGAAGUACAUAAAGCUCGAGGAAUUUAAGGAUAGUGCUCAUGCAUGCAUCGAUAAACGGAAACAGAAAGAAUUUCUGAUGAGGAGAGAACGUGAAGAAAUUGAGCGCCAAAAGCGUGAACAGGAGGAAAAGGAGCGCCGACGAGCAACAGAACGGGAAAAGAGGAGGGAGGAAGAGGAACAGCGCGAAGCUCGGGAACGAUCGGAACGUGAGAGGAAACGAAAAGAACGCGAGGAUCGUGAACGGUUAAAGAAAUUGAAAAAUGAAAACGUGGUGCAGGACGGUAUUACCAAAAAAUAUCAGGAGCGAUCCGGCAAGGAUGACAACAGGAUCCAGAAAGACAUGAAGAAGGGCAUUUCGCAGAAUAAGUCCAGAAAUGAUGAACAGUCGGCAAAGAUGAGCAUACUGGACGAACUGUUUGGCGACAGUGGUGGACCGAGCACUAGAGCGGAGUUCGUAAGGUCAGAGGAUUACAGACAAUCCAGAUCGUCUUCCGUACAGAAAACUGUCACAAAAGCGAGACCCACGAAAGAAGAGCAUUGUACGAAACGUGAAAAAGCUGAACAAAGUGGCACUUAUUUACGGAAAUCGAGCAGUGUUAAGCACACGGGUAAUUCUAAGGAAAGCGUUGAUCGACCGGAUUCACUGAACGAAUUUCACAGUUACAUUACCGCAAAGCCAAGAGUUCAGUAUACGAGCAUCCUGCAGAGAGAAGAAUCAAGCUCAUUGCUGGAAACGAAUGUUAACCGGAAGAUUGUCGUGUCUGGCGUUCACAAAGGACGUGAAAAUUUGUUGGUCGGAGGUGGGCAUUCGGCUAGAGUUGGUAUGGUGUUGGAAAGAGCUACGCGAGUGCGUACAAAGUAUGACCACGAUCAGAAGCUGAAACAGGAAUACCGAAAAUCGGAAGAUACCUGCAGCAUAACUGCAUCUGCCUCGGUAUUUUUUCCCUGGAUUGCGUUUUGGAGGACUACUGGAUGA